UUUUCAAACCCUGCAAGAAAACCAAACAUAACACACAAAAGCGAAGCAGCAAAGACUCUUUCUCAGUUCUCGCUGCACUGCGAAAGUAGAGAGCCAUGGGAGGAGCAGGGGCUGCAAAGACCCUUCUUACUGUCUCUCUGUCUUCCAACCUUUCCUCUCUUUCUCGUCUUUCUGCCUCCACACGCUUCCCUCUUCUCAAACUCCCCAAAACCCCCAGGGUUUUUGUAGGGUUUAGGCCCCUCUGCACCACCACCACAACAACAACCUCAACUUCUACCCCUGAUACUGAAACAGACCAUCCACUUCAACCAUUGAAGCAUUCAAUCCUUCUUGAGAGGCUGAGACUCAGGCACCUCAAAGACUCGUCAGCACAACAAUCCCCUGAAACCAAAACCACCCCACGUCAAUCAGUUAGUUCUGCUGAGAGAGAGAGUGAAAAUGGGCUCCAUAAGAAGAAGAAGAAGUUGGUUGAGAGGUUUGAAGAAUUGGGUCUGAGUGAGGAGGUAAUGGGGGCUGUCAGGGAAAUGGAUAUUGAGGUCCCUACUGAGAUUCAAUGUAUUGGUAUCCCAGCUGUGUUGGAAGGGAAGAGUGUGGUUUUGGGUUCCCAUACUGGGUCUGGCAAGACUCUGGCUUACUUGCUGCCUCUGGUUCAGUUGCUGAGACGGGAUGAGGCAUUAUUAGGCAUGCAAAUGAAGCCAAGGCGUCCCCGUGCUGUUGUGCUAUCCCCCACAAGGGAGCUAGCUGAGCAGGUGUUCCGUGUUGCCAAGUCUAUUAGCCAUCAUGCACGAUUCAGGUCAACUAUGGUAAGUGGUGGUGGUCGUUCAAGACCACAGGAGGAUUCACUGAAUAACCCAAUUGAUAUGGUUGUUGGGACCCCGGGCAGGAUUCUUCAGCAUAUUGAGGACGGGAACAUGGUUUAUGGUGACAUAAAGUAUUUGGUGUUGGAUGAGGCAGAUACCAUGUUUGAUCGAGGCUUUGGACCAGAGAUCCGCAAGUUUCUCGGCCCCCUAAAACAUCGUGCGUCAAAGCCUGAUGGUGAAGGAUUCCAGACUGUUUUGGUCAGUGCAACAAUGACAAAGGCAGUGCAAAAGCUAAUUGACGAGGAGUUCCAAGGAAUAGAACAUUUGCGAACAUCAACACUGCAUAAAAAAAUUGCAUCUGCUCGCCAUGAUUUCAUUAAGCUUUCAGGUUCUGAAAACAAGCUGGAAGCAUUGUUACAGGUUCUUGAACCAAGUUUGGCAAAGGGAAACAGAGUGAUGGUAUUCUGUAACACACUAAAUUCCAGCCGUGCUGUGGAUCACUUUCUCAAUGAGAGUCAGAUCUCUACAGUCAAUUAUCAUGGUGAGGUACCAGCAGAACAAAGGGUUGAGAACCUCAACAAGUUUAAGAGUGAGGAUGGAGAUUGCCCCACAUUGGUUUGCACAGACUUGGCUGCAAGGGGACUGGACUUGCAUGUAGAUCACGUUAUCAUGUUUGACUUCCCAUUGAACUCCAUUGAUUACCUUCAUCGCACGGGAAGAACUGCUCGAAUGGGUGCAAAAGGGAAAGUGACAAGUUUGGUUGCAAAGAAAGACCAUGUUUUAGCCACUCGAAUUGAGGAAGCAAUAAGGAAGAAUGAGAGUUUGGAAUCGCUCACUGUGGAUAGUGUCAGGAGAGACAUUGCCCGUGCUAAAAUAACAGAUCAGAAGGGGAGGGAUGCAAAAUUAAUUAAAGUUGCAAAGAAUAAUAAAAAGACCAAAGGUGAUUCAGUAAAAUCAUCUCGAGUUCACAAGGCCGUGGGAGUGAAGCCUAGAAAAUCAUCUGUUUCAGCAAAAACCACCAAGGGUGGUGGUAUUCAUGCAUCAAAACCAGUAAAGCUAUCCAGUGCACGCAGCUCAGGAAAACCUUCUUUAAGCAGGAAGAAGAAACUAGAUGGCAAGAGGUUCAGUGUAGAUAAAUCAACUGAUUCAAAAUUAAACGUUGUUGGGUUUAGGGGACGGAGUUCUUGGUCAGAUAAGAAAGAGAAAAUGAUGUCCAGAUGAUUGUAAUAACUUUGUGUUGUUUGAAGUUUGAAAGCCAUGCCUAAAUGUUCAUUUUCAUAUAAGUUUGGCAUGCGAAAUUAUAUUGUAAUAUUUACAGUUUUGCGAUGUUUAAGUCCUACUAGUAUUUUAUUCAAUUUGGAGGUGGGUCAAUAAUACUGAGUCCAAUGCUUGGUACUCUCUUUGGGGUUUUUGGCUGCAGAAUGUAAAGUGGGGAAACAUUUAUUCAAUAGUUUUACAGGAUAUCAAUCUCUUGAUACUAAGUUCAUCUUUUGUACAACAGGUACACCAAUUAUCUUUUUAUUUAUUUGGACUUUUGAACCA